AUGGGCAGCAACCACAGCGUGAAAAAAUCAAAGGAGAGGAAGACCAAAGCCAAAACGGCUGACUUCGAGACCCUGCAAAACAUUCGCGAUGCCCGUUUGGUCGAAUAUGGCAAGUCCAAAAAUACAAACAAGGUGUAUGCUGGACACAUUGCCCGGGGACGAAAGUUUCUGGCUGAUAUCGUCGCAGAGAGGGAGUUCAAAGGCAUUGAGAUUUGUGACAAGGGAAUCCCUACCAUUGAGCUUGCGAAAGCUUUCGACAAGCCGCCAAACCGUUACUCCGCUGUUGCACUCGAGUUCUUCCUUGUUCAAAAAGUAUUCACGGAGGAACUGUCGAAAAGCUCCGCAGAAGGAAUCCAAGGAGCAUUUGCAGACUACUGGGAUAAAAUGGAGGGACAGACCUAUGCUGGUGCCUAUUCCCUGGAUGAAACCACUGGGAAGGUCUCUGGAUGUCCAGCUCGAGCUCCAGCUAUCCACGAUUUGAUGAAAGCGGUGAAAACUAGGGCAGCUACAAAGGGGGCAGCUGCAACACGGAAGCAUGCCGAGGCCAUGUCACUCGAGGACCUGCAAAAAAUUAUGGACUGGUCAGAGGGAAGAUGCCCCAAUGAACUAUUUGAUAACGUGCCAUCCAAUCCUGAGUCCGUCGCCCUGCAUGGCCUCAUGCGGGCGUUGUAUCCAACGCUGUUCGUGUUGAUGCUAAGGGUUUUCGAAGGCCUCUCUCUACAGUAUGGCGAUCUUACGAUGGGCUUGAAGGGACCUGCACCAUACCACUUCCCUUAUUUUGAGGUCCGGCUUGAAGAGCGUAAGAAUUGGCAGAAGCAAGCGGGCUAUGAUGGUCCACGCACAAGUGGCAUUUAUAAGAUCUAUCAGCAAGAUAUCGGUGCAAUGGACAUGUUUACUCACCUCCAACGCUGGUUGAAAUAUUUGGAGGGCCGCCUCGGCCGUAGUCUCGAGUCUAGUGACUUUAUCUUCCCCCAUAUCUCGCAUAAUGGCACCAUUGAUCCGAAGCGCACUAUGUCAUAUGACACGUUCCAGAAGCACCUCAGCGAGUUCGUGGCCGGUGCUGGCCUGACGAAGACCUACACGACGCAUUGCUUCCGAAGAGGUGGCGCUCAAUAUCGGUUCAUGUAUGCACCGAUUGGCCGUCGCUGGUCUUUGAGUAUUAUUCGAUGGUGGGAUUCACUCCAAAGCUAUGAGACAGGUCACGGAAACGCAUUGUGCCCAAUCGCAGCGGAGGCCGAUAAAAGCUUCAUGGGCGAACACAUCAACCAGGCGCCACCCUCUACUGAGGAAAUCCGGCAGUGGAAAAUCUCGAUGGAUCGUUCUCUCGGAAACGCUGUUUCUGAGAUUGUCGGUCAGGUCACAGCUGCCUUGUCCGAAACUCGCCUUUCUGCAUCUCCCAGCCCUGAGCCUAAUCUGGAAUCCCCUCCGUCAAUGAGUGUGGGAGAGCCAAUGCCUCAGGAGCGAUCUUCGCUGCGCCGUGGUCACAGUGCUCGCCACUCUUCCAAUCCGUACUCUGCACAUGCGCCAAACCGCCGUACCUCGAGCAUACCCAGCCACUCUGAUGUCGAUAGCCUGGCAGGAGAUGCCCAAACUCAAAGCCCCUCGGACAGCCUGAAUUUUCCCAUUCCUGGUGUGGUGAUCCCUGAUGUGAAGAAUUGGCGUGACGUAGUUCAGCAGUGGGAGCUUGGUGAUGCAUCGGUAAUGGCUCUGAAAGAUUGGCCAAAGGAGUGGUAUCAGGGUGGGAUGAAAAGGUUUACCGGCUCCUUGUAUUCCCAGAGAAAGAUGAUCGCUAACGAAUAUGAACGCUUGGGCCGUGACGAUGCUCGCUUCUGUGAGACUUACCCGGUGGCCGACAAAUCGGUGAAGGCGCUCCUCAAGGCUAUCAGAGUCGCACACAACAAGCGGCGCGUUAGCAAACGCGGCACGCCUGAGGAACGAGACAACUCCGAAGAAAGGGAGGACUCACACUCUGAAUUUGAUGCAUGA